AUGACGCCGACGCAGCCGUACAGCUCCAUCGCGGAGACGUCUCGCAUCUUCGACCUCGUCCUGUCGCUCGUGGACCCCCUGUCGCUCCCGGCCGGCACGCGGGCCAAGAGGGCCGACGUCGUCUUCACCGGGGCGCGCGACCAGCCGUACUUUUUCAUCCCCUUCAAGGAGACGGAGACGGCCGCCGCGCUCAAGGCCGUCGAGGGCUGCGUCGCGUCGCUGCUGGCCGACGUCAAGAGCGGCGGGGGCGAGGCGCGCCGCCGCAUCACCGUCGACCAGGAGAGGACGACGGCGUUUUUGUUCCAGGCGUACCUCGCGCGCGUCGGCGGCCUCGGCAAGCUGGACAAGGAGGUGCGGUCGCUGCUCAAGGAUACGGACCUGCUGCAGGCGCAGUCGGACCCGUAUCGCCGCAUGGCGGCCAACCUGUACGCGACGGCGGACGAGGGCGAGUACUACCACAUCCACGGCUCGCUCGAGGCGUCGACGACGCUGCGCAUGAUUGGGCUCGCGCCGCACCGUCCGGACCUCCAGACGCACGAGGACAUUGUGGGCGUCAUCGAGCCGGCGGUGCAGAAGCUGACGGUCGACGAGCUCGAGGCGCUCAACGCCGAGCACCGCCAGGCCGGCGUCAAGGCGUACAAGCACGAGGACUUUUUGCGCACGCCUCACGGCAAGGUCAACUGGGAGCUGCCGCCGUGGACCGUCGAGCCGCUCGAGGCCACGACGCCGCCGUGCGGGCUGCCGGACCGGGGCGACGGGCGCAUCCUGUCGGGGGUCCGGGUGCUCGAGCUGUGCCGCAUCAUCGCGGGCCCCGUGGUGGCGCGCAUCCUGGGCGAGUACGGGGCCGACGUGCUCAAGGUCACGAGCCCCAACCUCAGCGACGUGCCCUUCUUCCAGGUCGACGGCAACAUGGGGAAGCGGGCGGCCGACGUCGACCUCAAGACGCCCGAGGGGCGGCGGGUGUUUGAGGGGCUGCUGGACGAGGCGGACGUGGUCGUCGACGGCUACCGGCCGGGCGCGCUGGAGAGGCUCGGCUACGGGCCGCGGGCGCUGGCGGAGCGGGCGGCGCGCCGGGGCCGGGGCGUCGUGUACGUCAACGAGAACUGCUUCGGCUACGAGGGCGAGUGGGCGGGGCGGCCGGGGUGGCAGCAGAUUGCCGACUGCGUGAGCGGCAUCGCGUGGGAGCAGGGCCGGUUCAUGGGCCUCGACGAGCCGGUGGUGCCGCCGUUCCCCAUCUCCGACUACGGCACGGGGUGCAUGGGGGCCAUCGCGGCGCUGACGGGGCUGCACCACCGGGCGACGCGCGGGGGCUCGUGGCACGGCAAGGCGUCGCUGCUGCACUACGACCUGCUGCUCUUCAAGGCCGGCCUGCUGCCCGAGGCGGUGCGGGCGCGCCUGCGCGACGAGGCGGGCGAGGCCUUCCUGGCGCUGCGGCACGCGCACAGCGUGGACCGCAUCUCGGGCACGGCGCUGCGCCAGAUGCGCCGCCUGCACCCGGGCCUCGUGGACGACCCGCGGUACCUGGACCGGUGGCACGCCGCGGGCUACGGCGCCGAGGUGUCGGCGGUGCUGCCGGUGGUGCAGAUGGAGGGCGUGGACAUUUCCUUUGCGCGCGCGAGCCGGCCCAACGGCACCGACGAGGCGUCGUGGGACUUUGCGGGCGGCGACGACUACCGGAAGCCGGAGCCUGACGCCUGA